UCAGCGGUAAGAAGAGGAAGAAGUUGAUUGCCUUGGAACACUUUCUGAACCUCCACCACAGCCUUCUUUAUGGCGUCCCACAUGUACCACCACAAGUACAAGGCAGAUUGGACAUCCCUCGACAGCCGACCAUUACCCGGAUGGUACGACGACGCCAAGAUUGGCAUCUUCAUCCACUGGGGUGUCUACUCUGUCCCUGCCUUCGAGAACGAAUGGUUCUGGCACUCGCUUAAGUCCGGCGAAGCUCACUUCACCCACUUCAUGAAGCGAAACUUCAAGCCAGACUUCACGUACCAGGAGUUCGCUCCGAUGUUCACCGCCGAGUUCUUCGACCCUCAGCACUGGGUGAAGCUGUUCACAGCUGCAGGAGCGAGGUACGUAGUCCUCACCGCAAAGCACCACGACGGAUACGCUUUGUGGCCUUCAAAGUUUUCGGCCAAUUGGAACGCCGUAGAAGUCGGUCCCCAUCGAGACAUUGUCGGGGAACUGGCCACGGCCAUUCGAAAGACGUCGCCGCUUUUGCGAUUCGGUGUCUCUUACUCGUUAAUGGAAUGGUUUCAUCCGUUGUACUUGUCUGACAAGAAGACUGGGUCAAAGGUCUUCGUCACCAAUAAGAUCAGGCCGGAACUGACGGAAUUAGUAGACACCUAUAAACCCGAAGUGAUAUGGGCCAUCAACGACUGGGAGGAUGGCGAUAAGUACAGCGACAUAGUCUCGUGGCUUUACAACGACAGCCUGGUAAGGGACACAGUCGUCGUUAACGACAGGUGGGCCAAAGGUACGAGGAGGAAGCAUGGCGAUUUCUGGACAAGCGACAGCAGGUUCGACCACGCUACAUUGGUCGCUCAUAAAUGGGAAAAUGGUGCUCCGAUGGACCGUUACUCCUACGGUUAUAGAAGGAAUGCAUCGUUGCAAGACUAUCUCUCAAUUGAAGAGAUCUUACGUCUCCUCGCAGAAACUAUUAGCACUCGCGGUAACUUGCUCAUCAACGUGGGCCCGUCCAAAGAUGGCACUAUUCCGCCCUUGUUCGAAGAACGGCUUCUACAGCUCGGAGACUGGUUGAAAGUUAACGGCGAGGCUGUUUAUUCGAGCAGGCCGUGGAAGGUACAGAACGACCCACUGACGUCGUACGUGUGGUACACGUCUAGUAAAGAUGGGAAGGUCGUGUAUGCGUUCGUGCUUCGAUGGCCUACGGGUUGUGUUCUCACGCUGGGUGGCGUGCAGGUCGAACACGGAUCCAGUGUGUCCAUGUUGGGCGUUGAAGGCACCUUGGAAUGGGAGGCGAUGUCGGAUCGCACGGUGGUUCAUUUCCCAGAGCUCACUGUGGACUUGUUGCCUUGCCGUUGGGCCUGGGUGCUCAAGGUAGUCAGGAAAACGCCCUGUUACUGAUUGCUGCAGGAUUCCGAGCCACGAUCAAAUAAAAUCCAUAUCAACUGUU